UGCUUCCCCUUUAAUUUUUCAUUUCUAUUUUGCAUCUUUUUCAGUUUUACAAUCAUGAAUGCAUCAAGUAGUUCUAAAAAGCUAAAUCAUCUUUGGAAAGAUUAUGUGGGUCUUCUGCAACUUUAAGCCUUUAAGAUUAGCUUUUUAAUUUCAUCAUCUUGUUUUGAUGACUGGGUUGGGUAGUUUCCAGAAGAACCAGAAAACAGUGAAAAGUGCGUGAUUCAAUAGGUUUGGGGUGAGUGAUGUUAUGCCCACACUAGACAAGGAAGGCACCGGUUCUUCUCUGGUAGUUCAAGUCUCGGAUCAAUAAUGGGUGAAUCAAUAGUGGGUUUUCCAAAAGAUGCUGAUAAGAUGGGAGAGAUAGCUGGUACAGAUUCAUCAAAUCCUUCUCUGGAAGUGUCGGUUUCAUUUGGUAGGUUUGAGAAUGAUUCAUUAUCUUGGGAGAAAUGGUCGGCAUUUUCGCCAAAUAAGUACUUGGAAGAAGUUGAGAAGUGUGCUACUCCUGGUUCGGUAGCUCAGAAAAGGGCUUAUUUUGAAGCUCAUUACAAGAGGAUAGCUGCUCGAAAAGCCGAGGAGCUUCUGGAACAAGAGAAGCAAAUGCAAGAUGAUGAUCCCUUAAAGUCAGAUGAUCAAAAUAAUGGAGAUCAGAUCUGUUGUGGUACGGAUUAUGGAAUUGAUGUAGCUACCAGUCAAACUAGUGCUCAAGCAAAUAGUCAAGAGCCCAAUAUAGAGAAUGGGAUGAGCAGUACUCAUGUGGAAGAUCUCAAGGAGGAGGAUGAUGAGGAUGUUUUCACUAUGGAAUGUCAAACAUCAUCGAUUGAGGGUAGAGAAAUAGAGGAAACUGAUAGCGGAGUGGUUAGUCCGAAGACUCCAAAGCUGAACAGACCAGAAGAACUUGUUUUGGUAAAAGAAGUGGAAACCAUCACUGCUGACACUCAAGAAACAAUACAGCCAGUUCCAAAGACUUUGGACAGUGAUACAGGCAAUGCUCCAGAAGUUAAAGAGGAAAAAGCGAGAUUCGAUCUUCAGAAGAGAUCUCAGAAGGUUACUCCAGUGAGCAAGGAGAGGACAGUGGCAAAGGCCAAGAAGAAAUCAAUUUCACCAAUGACUAAAACACCUCAGAAUCCGACCCCUAGAGUGUCAAAGUUACCACAGAAUUCCACCCCUAGAGUGUCAAAGAUACCGCAGAAUACUACCCCUAGAGUGUCAAAGAUACUGCAGAAUACCACCCCUAGUGUGUCAAAGCCAAUAUCAGCUCCUACCGGAGCAAAAUCUGCACCACGAUCCUCAGUAACGAAGGCCAAUGGUUCAUCUUUAACUAGGAGCACAAAUCAGUCAAGUGAAAAAACCAAGAAAGUGCCUCCUAAAUCUCUGCACAUGUCACUCAGUUUCAAUCCUAAAAAGUCUGAUUCAGCUUCAGAAACUGUGGUUACAGCUAGAAAAUCUUUGAUUAUGGAGCAAAUGGGUGAUAAGGACAUUGUCAAACGAGCAUUCAAGACAUUUCAAAACAGUGUCAACCAAUUGAAAUCCUCUAAUGAAGAGAAACCUUCAGCACCAAUGCAGCUCCCUACAAAGUCGAAAGAACCAAAGGUUUCCACUCCUAUGCCUCUGCCGAAAGACACUGGAGGGUCACUCAAAACGAGUUAUCCGGAUAAAAGAAAUGCCAAGGCUGCUCCAUCAUCUUUUGGCCUGAGAAGUGAAGAAAGAGCAGAGAAACGGAAGGAGUUAACAAUCAACUUGGCGAAACCCAAUGCCAGAGAUGCAGAGAGAGCACACUUCCAGCCAAAGUCAAAGGAGCAAAAGGAGGCAGAGAUAAAAAAGCUAAGACAGAGUCUUAAGUUCAAGGCUACACCAACGCCUGAUUCUUAUCGGGGACAAAAGUUAUUGAAAAGUACUCUAGAAAAGGAGGGUCCUAAGAAAGAAACGCUUCGGUGAUACAAAUUUCUUAUGUCAAAAGGUUAUCAUCAUCUACUGAGAAACAAGUCAACUUCAGAAGAAGCUAGAGAAGAAUGAGACACAUAUGAAGGAAUAUCCUUCUCAUGAAUGGUCCAUGCUUGGAUAUUACUGCUUAGCUGUUGCUCAUAAUGAGUCACAAUCUGUAUAUCUGGAUGAGUAGCACAGAGUGCUUCUGUUACCAACCUUAUCUAGAGAUGGGGCAUAUUAAUAAUUUGCUCAUGAUAAGAAACAGCUCACUGAGCGCAGAGGUUCAGUUAAUUUCAAUUGUCCCAAUAGUAUUCAGAUUUAGAAACUGUUAUGUACACAUUUUUGUAUAUUUGUGCCUGUGAGACUAUUUGUCCCA